AUGACGAAGCCAUGGACAUAUUUGAGCUUGAAAGCUGUCUUUCAAUACAUGGAUGGUAAUAAGAGACUAGAACUCAACUCCCAUUGUCCAGCACUUCGGUCAGCUGAAAACUCAGUUUCGUUGAACCUGCAAUUUCUGACUCUCGAAAAAGAGAAAAUUGUAGUCAACGAAGUCUGCUACAAAGUGGAAUCAAAAUAUCAAAGGAUCAAAUCAAUUUUGAACGGCAGAAAACAUGUUCGCGUGGAAAAUUUGGAAAUUUACGAUUUAAAUGUGAUCCCAGACAGUUUAAAAUUCAGAACGAGGAACUUGGACUCUGGAGACUUAGACUUUGAAAGGGUCCUUCCUUUUAUCGACAGAGCCAACUUCCCGUUGAAAGAACUGCGAGUGAACAUUUCUAAAACUCCAAAUCUCGAAAAGUAUUUGGGAUUUACACAGACAUUGAUACUUUUCGUGACUAACUACAAUGGAGAAAUGGAAGAUUUGGUUCGAAGCAUUUUGUAUAACCGCAAGUGCCCAAAUAUAGAGCUAGAAAAUUUUAUUCUGUCGAGUAAUACUACGGUUGCUCUUAUCGAAAAUUGGAGACAUAACCAGAAAAACAUCGGAACGGUCAUGGUGAUGUAUCAUAAAUAUCGGGAAGUACAGAUAUAUGUUGACGACCUACUAGAAGGGUUGGAUGGAAGAUUUGCUUAUUUCAACAAUUCCGCUUUGCAACUGGAAGUCAAUUCUCAUUGUCCAGCUCUUCGAUCUGCCGAAAGCUCAGUGCCGUUGAGCCUGCAAUCUCUGAUUCUCAAAAAAAGAAAAAUUGUAGCCAACGAUGUCUGUUAUAAAGUGGAAUCAAAAUCUCAAAGGAUCAAAUCAAUUUUGGACGGCAGAAAACUUGUUCGCGUGGAAAUUUUGAAAAUUCGCAAUUCCAGUGUUAUCCCAGAUAGCCUGAAAUUCAGAACGAGGAACUUGGACUCUGGAAACUUAAACCUCGAAAGUGUGCUUCCUUUUAUCAACAGAGCUAGCUUCCCAUUGAAAGAACUGCGAGUGAACAUUUCUAAGACUCCAAAUCUCAAAAAGUAUUUGAGAUGCACACAAGCAUUAGUACUUUUCGAGACUAACUUAGAUCAAGAAAAGUCAGAUUGGAUUCGAAGCGUUUUGUAUGACCGCAAAGGCCCAAAUAUAGUUCUAGAAAAUUGUAUUCUGUCGAGUGAUGAUACGAUUGCUCUCAUCCAAAACUGGAGUAAUAACCAGAAAGAAAUCGGAUCGGUCUUGACAAUACAUCAUGAAUAUGGGGAUCUACCUCUGUCUGAUGUUGCUGAACUCAUGGAUGUGUUCAAUGGAAGGAAUGUUUAUUUCAACGAUUCCGUUUUGCAACUGGAACUCAAUUUCCAUUGUCCAGCACUUCGGUCAGCCGAAAGCUCAGUUCCGUUGAACCUCCAAUCACUGACUCUCACAGAAAAAAAAAUUGUGGCGAAUGAUGUCUGCUACAAGAAACAAUAUGGAUCGUCGUUGCGUUUCGUUCCCGUUCAACCAGACGUCCGAGCUGGUUCUGUACAAUGUGAGAGAUGGACCAAUAUGGAAUAG